AUGGUGUCACGCCAACUGGACUUUGCACCUAUCCUUACGAACUAUGUAUUCUCCUUCACUGCGAUCCUCGCUGUGAUUGGUUGGUUUGUUGCCUUCGUUGCGCAAGCUAUAAGCACCCGCGAGCUUGGCUAUAGCGCUGUCGGUGUUCUCUGGGUUGCUAUUUUCUUCCAACUUUUUCUUGCAGCGAGCGUCUUGUACACGCUAGCGAGUGAUACUACUGCCAUACAUCGACACCUGAUAUCCGUUUUUGGAGUGGUCGCCAUUGCAUUUGCAGUCAUAGGCAUCAACAACGGGAUAUUCUCCGGCCAUGUAUGGUUGGGGACGAUGGGAGCAGGAUGGUUAAUCAAUGUUGUGGUGGAUAUUCUUUGGGUCCUUUACUUCUCUUCCGCAGAGAAUUCAUUUGUGCGACAUGCUUUCGACUCGAUGGGCACAGUUGAUCUUCCACCUACAUCACCACGUCUCAAGCCGGAGGCUGUAGUAGUGACUACCCCUGAACUCAAUCUUGCUGGCAUAGGUGCCGGUGGAGGCGUCAGUGCGAGCUAUAGGGCACUUAGGAUGAAAGCGAUGUUUGGGUAUGACGCUGAUCCUAAUAGCGUCCCGCCUGAACUUUCAUUCGCGGUGGGUGAAAUACUGGAGAUUGUCAAUACUCACGGAGAUUGGUGGCGCGCGCGCAAUCUGAAUGGUGACGAAGGAAUUGUUCCAUCUAAUUUCCUAGUUCCCUCAGUCGCCGCAGACAGUUAG